AACACAAGCUCGCGGCUUUGUAGCCAAUACGCAGCCAUACAUAUAGCGAGAGCGCACUGCCGGUGCAUCGCUCAGCUCCGCAUUAAUCUCGCUGCCACAGACACAGAAGACCGCAUACGCACGCGUUGUGUAGAAGAGACAAAACAAGGCUGGGCUCCUAGCCUGCUUUUCGGCUCCCAAAAGCGCAACGCGCGUAUAGUAAGGAUGGACGUCGACGACCAGCAAAACGACGCCGAAGCAUUACGAAGAAAACUACAAAAACUAGACGACGAGCGCAACCGCGUCGAGGCCCGCAUCUCGCAACAGCGCCGCGCCGAGCGCCAGCCGCCGCCGCGACGGAGCCAGCCCACAAGAGAACACAAACCACAGCGGCGACGAGAAGUCUACUAUAGACCGGGGCGCGGCCCCAACGAUAGCAAUGACGAGCGCGCCACGGAGCAGGGAGUGCUCAGAGACGCACUGGGAGACAGAUACCGUCCCCAAGAAGCCGACGCUGUCGCAAGGAAGCGCCAGCUGUCGGCGCAUGCAUCCGACGCCGACACGCGACGGUCCAAAAGGCUGUUCGGCGGCUUGGUCGGCCACCUCGCGUCCGCGCGCAAAAAUUUUGAGAAGGAUGAAACAAAAUUGCGACAGCGCGAGGAGAAGUCGUCGGAACUCAAGCUCAAGCGCGAGGAGACGUUGAAAAGAGAAUCUCGCGCGGCCGCGAGGCACCGCAUGUGCGAGGCGAAAUACAAGGACCAGGCUCGACGCGACGAGAUCCUCACGGACAUGCGGAGGACGGAGGCUUCCCUGUUGCACGCGUCCUGGAAAGCGUCGCAUGACGUGCUGCGACAUACGAUACGAACAGUGACGGAACCUUCUUUAUGUUGGGUGCCCGCUCAAAAAACGCCGAUGACCGAUUUGUUGCUCGCCAAAUCAGCGGAGAGGGUCGACGCGGAGCUCGCGCUGGGCGCGGCGCGCUGCGAGGACGAGAGAAGGGCGUUGCAGGCGGCUUACGACCAAAGAAAAAAAAGGAGAGAAGAGGCCCAACGGCGGAACGAUGAAAGGUUUGCGAGGCCCGUCGUCGAUGGGGCGGGUGGGGAG